CGGCUACCUCUUAUUGGCUGUGUUGGGGCUCAUGCGGCGGGGUGACGGUAGCUGCACUAGCUACCUGAAGCCCAGGUGAGCCCAUGGAGUCCGGUCUGAAGGCAGCGGACGUGGCACAGGAGUUCGUGACAUUUCUGACCCAAGGUACCCGGCCAGACAUCCAGGCAGAGGCAGUCCAUCACGUCCUGGGACUUACAGGCUCCGAAGCCGGCCGGUCCCUGCUGGUAGCACAAACAGGGCUGCUGCAGGCAUUGGCAAAACUCUUAGAGGCCCCACCUGGGGCAGCAGCAGGGGCCGUGGGAGAUGCCUGGCGGGCAGUGGUGAACCUGUGCGCAGAACCCAGUGUCCACGACUCUCUGCUGGCUGCGCUGCCUGGGCUCCCUGUCCAGUUGCUGGCCCGGGCGCUAGCCCCAAACUGGCCCUGGGCUGGAGAGGCAGCAGCUUCGCUGGCCAACCUGAGCCGGGAGUCAGGGCCCUUCAGGGAGCUGUUGGAGAAAUGCUUGGAGUCCACCAACGACGAGGCAAAUCAGGAACCCAGCCUGGCCCUCCUGGUGACUGCCUUGACCACCCCAGGCUAUAACCCCCAUGCCCCACUCCACUACCUGGCUUCACUGCUCUCCAACCUCAGCCAACUACCAAGAGCCCGAGCCUUCUUGCUGGACCCAAACAGGCAACUGAUCCAGCAUCUCCUUCCCCUCAUCCAGUGCCCAGACUCUGCUGUUCGAAGGAUGGGAGUGGUUGGGACACUGAGGAACUGCUGCUUUGAGCACCGUUCGCACGAAUGGCUCCUGGGACCCCAAGUAGAGCUGCUUACCUACCUGCUGAUGCCACUGGCUGGCCCAGAGGAGUUCUCCGAAGAUGAGAUGGAUCGAUUGCCAGUAGACCUGCAGUACCUGCCCCCAGACAAGGAGCGUGAACCAGAUGCUGACAUCCGAAAGAUGCUCAUUGAGACCAUUAUGCUGCUCACAGCCACAGCUCCUGGACGGAAGCUGGUGAAGGAUCAAGGGGCUUACCUAGUGCUUAGGGAACUGCAUAACUGGGAACAUGACCCUGAUGUCCGGGUGGCCUGUGAAAAACUCAUUCAGGUGCUGAUUGGGGAUGAGCCAGAAGCAGGCAUGGAGAACCUGCUAGAAGUGAGUGUCCCCCCAGAUGUAGAGCAGAAGUUGCAGCAACUGGACCAGCAAGAGCAGGAGCAGCUUCGGCAGGAGCGAGAAGAGGCUGGACGGCCUGGGACCUAGCUGAUUUCUUCUCCCCAGACUGGGGCUCUGGACCCUCCCCAUCCCCCCUUGCCCCAAUCACAGGGAUCUUGUGACUGGUAGACACACCCAAGGUUGGUGUCCAGAUUGCUGUGCUGCUGUGCUUGAUAAACCAGCCUUCUUUCACUUCAAUCUUUCUUUCCUUGGGUGGGCAGAGCCUGGACUCAGAGUCCCAGCUACCUACUGCUUCUGAUGAUCCACUUCAACUUGAUGAAAAUCUGGUAAAGUCACUCCUGCCCUAAGUCAGGUAUUAGAAAUGGAUUAUGGGGGCAGCUAGGUGGCACAGUGGAUAGAGCACCGGCCCUGGAUUCAGGAGGACCUGAGUUCAAAUCCAGCCUCAGAUCCUUGACACUUACUGGCUGUGUGACCUUGGGCAAAUCACUUAACCCCAAUUGCCCUCACCCCCCCCCCCAAAUGGACUAUGAACACUCUUGGGGUGCUUACAGUUUGAGAUGUCCUGGGUGGGUGGCUAAAAAUGGAGUCCCUUGGAAUGAAGCUGUCCUAGUGAACCUUCAGGCACAAGACCAUUGGCCAGGCCUGUCUCAGAGGCAUCUCAUUCUGCUUUUGGGGAGCUCUUCCAGUUGGGUAGUUACUCCUUAGCAGAAGCUGGAAUUUGCCUCUCUGUAGGUUCUCACUAUGGCUAACGCUGCCCCUUAUUCUGGGGCCGAGCAGAGCAGAGCUUUUUUUGUAACACCCCUUGGAAUACUGGAAGACAGUUCUAAUGUCAUCGUUGCCAUCAUCUUCCUCCUCCCUACCUGAUUUCACCAGUUCCUAUGUCAUAGUCUCCAGACCUUUCACUAUCAUGGUGGACCUCCUCUUCACAGGUCUUAAUUCAUUCGUAUCCUUUGUAAAAUGUGGUGCUCAAAUCUGACCACCAAAGUCAGUCAGAGGAGUGGACAAUAGGGCCAUCCCUUUCCUAGUCCUGCACACUGUGCCUUUAUCAAUAUAGUGUUCCAUGUCAUCCUAUUGAUUUAUAUUCCCAAAUCUUUUUUAUACACACUGUUGGCUUAGAUCCAUGCCUCUUCCUUCCCCUCCUCCCUCCUGUGUGUGGUUGAUUUUUUUGAGCCCAAGACUAGGAGUUUACAUUUAUUCCUAUUAAAUGUCAUGUUGAUUCA